AUGGUGUGGACAGUGAGCCACAGAUACCUGGUGUUAUCUGUGUAUGGAUUAACAUUGGUCACAGGCCUUCCUACCAACAUCCUGGCUUUCUACACCUUUUGCCAGAAGAUUCGCCAGAGGUCAACCCCCAUAGAUGUCCUGCUACUCAGCUUAAAUAUUUCUGACCUGAUCUUCCUCUUUGUCCUCCCAUUCCGUAUGGUAGAGGCGGCCAAUAUGAAAUGGACACUGCCAUACUUUCUCUGCCCACUAUAUGGUUUCAUCUUCUACACUACUAUCCACAACAGCACCUUACACCUGAUGGCCAUCAGCGUGGACCGUUACCUGGGCGUAGCCUUUCCUAUAAGAUACAAGCUAAAUCGUAAUCCCCAAAAGGCAGUUAUAGCCAGUAUUGGAUUCUGGGUGGUAUCCAUGGCGCACUGCAGUAUCAUCUAUUUCAUGCAAUAUCACCAACAUUUAAACCCCAACUUCACAGAUCCAUCCAAGCGGAACUCUUGUUAUGAAGAAUUCAGCCCCGAACAGCUCAAAAUCCUCCUGCCGUUCCGUCUGGAGCUCUUCGUUGUGCUCUUCUGCAUGCCUUUCCUCAUCUGCUGCUUCUGCUACAUUAAGUGCAUCCAAAUUCUCUUCAAUCUACCCAACAUCAGCUCUAAGAAACGGAUAAGGGCCAUCGGGGUGGCAUUGGCCACUCUUCUGGUCUUCAUUAUCUGUUUCAUGCCCUUCAGCAUAUCGCAUGUGGUGGGAUAUGCAGGCAACUACAGCCCUGAGUGGCGAGUGGAUGCUCUACUUAUCAGUACAUUUAAUGCCUCUCUCGACCCGUUCAUAUUCUACUUCUCUUCCUCAGCACUCAGAGAGAUUUUAAAGAAUGUCUUGCAGAAGCUGGUCAAGCGGCUAAUCCUGCCCUGCUGUAGCUUGGCUUUCUACUGCCCCCUAUUGAAUCGUGGGAAAACAGAGGAGAGAACGCAGAGCUCUAACGAAAGCUUCCGCUAA